AUGGAUGUUCGGCUGUGUUUCGUGUCGCUUUGGAGGAUUUUGCUGUUUUCCAGCGUCUUUCCUGGCUGUGUAUUCUCAGUGUUCGACUGCCCGCCGGCCUGCACCUGUUCCUCCACCGACAUUUACUGCAAUAAAUCGGACGGGGGGAAUUUCUUCCCUCUGCUCGCCCUGCAGGACAGCAGCAACGGCAGCAGCGGCGGCGGAGAUAUCGAAGACCUGUUCAGAAACAUCACCACCAUACACAUAGAGAACUGGACAGGACUGCAGGUCCUGAAGGACGUUGACAUGGAGCUGUACACGGGACUACAGCGCCUGACUAUCACGAACUGCAAUCUACGAACGAUUCAUGCACGUGCAUUUGCACAAAACCCUCAUCUCCGUUACAUAAAUCUGUCCAAGAACCCACUUACCACUCUCUCCUGGCAGCUCUUCAAGAACCUUCAGCUGGUCGAACUGCGACUGGAAGGGAUUGUGUUCAACUGUGGCUGCGAGAUACGCUGGAUCCAGCUAUGGCAGCAGAGAGGGGAGGCAGGUUUACACACCCAGCAGCUCUACUGCAAGAACGGUGCCAACAGGAUCCGCCUGCGUGCAAUGAACAUCACUCACUGUGACCUCCCAGAUAUCAGUGUAACUCACAGUAACCUGACGGUGAUGGAAGGAGACAACAUCACAGUCAGCUGUAACGGUUCAGGUUCUCCAUUACCUGAUGUGGACUGGACCGUGAAAGGACUUCAUUCUAUCAACACACACCAGUCAAAUGUCUAUUGGCCAAACAUUCACUCUAUCAACCUUACUCUUGUCAAUGUAAGCUGGGAUGACAACGGCUUUGUCCUCACCUGCAUCUCUGCAAAUGUGGUCGGCAUGACCAACAUGUCUCUUCAGCUGGCUGUGCAAGUUCCCCCAGUGAUUAUAAAGUUGGAGGAGCCUGAACGCAGACACCACACUUGCAUCGAGUUCACCGUGCGAGGUUUCCCUCAUCCCACGCUGCAGUGGUUCCACAAAGGCCGCGAGAUUCAGGCCCCAUACAUCCACACUGAAAUAGAGAUUUACCGGGAUUAUGUGGAAGGUUGCCUGAAUUUUGAAAACCCUACACACCACGAUAAUGGGAACUACACACUGGUGGCCACCAACUCACUUGGCUCAGCCACCAAAACUGUCUUCGGACAUUUCCUGGAUGCACCGCCGUUUUUGGAUGAAGAUGGAAUUGUUGAGUAUGGUGAGUACACCACACCUGGGAACGAUGUGAACAGGCCAGAUGAGGACUCAUUUGGGAUGUCUAUAGCCGUCGGAUUGGCUGCUUUUGGCUGCGUGUUUCUCAUUGUGAUGUUUGUGCUGAUCAACAAGUACGGCAGACGCAACAAAUACGGAAUGAAGGGCCCUGUAGCAGUGAUCAGUGGGGAGGAAGACUCUGCCAGUCCACUUCAUCAUGUCAAUCAUGGAAUCAUCACGCCCUGCACGCUGGACGUCGGUCCUGACGCCGUGGUGAUUGGAUUGAGCCGUAUUCCUGUAAUGGAGAACCCACAGUACUUCCGGCACGGACACAACUGUAAUAAACCGACCACCCAAAGGAAGAAAAAAAACAGAAGCAAGUCUCCAGAAGAACAAAGGAAGGUUCUCCAAGAUGUCCAGCAUGUGAAGCGGAGGGACAUUGUUCUGAAGCGGGAGCUGGGAGAAGGGGCUUUCGGCAAGGUCUUCCUAGCCGAGUGCUACAACCUCAGCCCUACCAAGGAGAAGAUGCUGGUAGCCGUCAAGACCUUGAAAGACCCGACUCUGGCCGCAAGAAAAGACUUCCAGAGAGAAGCCGAGCUACUCACCAACCUGCAACACGAGCACAUUGUGAAGUUUUAUGGUGUGUGUGUGGACGGCGACCCGCUCAUCAUGGUGUUUGAGUAUAUGAAGCAUGGAGACCUUAAUAAGUUUCUGAGGGCUCAUGGUCCAGACGCCACCAUCUUGGUGGAUGGCCAUCCGAUGCAGAGCAAUGGCGAACUUGGUCUCUCUCAGAUGUUGCACAUUGCCACACAGAUUGCAGCUGGUAUGGUGUAUCUGUCUUCACAGCACUUUGUGCACCGUGACCUGGCCACACGCAACUGCCUGGUGGGAAAUGGCCUCCUGGUGAAGAUUGGAGACUUCGGAAUGUCCAGGGACAUCUACAGCAUGGACUACUACCGGGUGGGCGGUCACACCAUGCUGCCCAUUCGCUGGAUGCCACCCGAAAGCAUCAUGUACAGGAAGUUCAGUACUGAGAGUGACGUGUGGAGCUUCGGCGUCAUCAUGUGGGAGAUCUUCACCUACGGCAAGCAGCCGUGGUUUCAGCUGUCUAAUAAUGAGGUGAUCGAGUGCAUCACACAAGGGCGCGUUCUGGACCGGCCUCGUCUUUGUCCCAAGGAAGUUUAUGACCUCAUGCUGGGCUGUUGGCAGAGAGAACCGCAGCAGCGACUGAACAUCAAAGACAUUCAGAAAGUCCUGUAUGCCUUGGGCAAAGCCGCACCGGUCUACUUGGACAUCCUUGGCUAA